GGCGCGAGACUUGCGGUCCAUCAUGGCGGAAGCUGAAGUGGAGAAGCUGCAGCGGCACCUGAGCCUGCUGCGGCAGGAGUACGUCAAGCUGCAGAACAAGCUGGCCGAGGUGGAGCAGAAGUACAACGCAGCCGCCGCAGCCUCGGGAGACCUGGGGGAGGACAGCUUUGUCGCCCGGCUUCUGAAGACAGUCGCAGAGCUGUUCGACAAGGAACUGUACAGUGACCUGGUGGUCCAUCUGGAUGGGAGAGAAGUCAAGGCUCACAAGUUUGUCCUGGCAACCCGGAGUAACUCCUGGGGGGUCAACGACCUUGCAGAGGUCAACUCUUUAGAUUUCACAGGCAUUCCAUAUGAGGUAGGUAUGACCAUGAUGAAGUGGGUUUACACAGACAAUGUGGACCUGGCUGAGCAGGAUAGCGUCAUUCUGGAACUCAUGAGUGCUGCCAGCAAGUACAAACUGGACGGGCUGAAAGACAGAUGUGAGAAGGCUCUGAUGUCAUCAGUGAAUGUUCGGAACUGUAUCCGGUUUUACCAGACUGCGGAGGAGAUUGGAGCAGAGGUUCUGAAAGGGUACUGCUCCGAGAUCAUCUCCAAUCACUGGAGUGACUUGACAAGUGAAGACUUUGUUGGGAUGGGUGCACCCCUACUGUACAAGAUGUUUAAGACCAAGACAGACCAUCCACUACAUGCAGCCAUCAGAAACCAGCGAGAAGAUGUCGUUUUCCUGUACCUGAUCGAGUACGAUGCACAGCUGCCCGGUAAGCUGAAUGAAGUGGACAACAGCGGUGACCUUCCCCUUGACCUUGCCCUGUCCAAGAGACAGGAGAGUAUCGCCAAGACACUGGUCACUCACAAGGUCAAUGUUGAUGCCAAGGACUCCGCUGGACAGUGUCUACUGCACAAGGCCAUCAGGAGAGGUGAUGAGUUUGCGGCUGAUUUCCUGAUUACCCACGGAGCGAAGGUGAACCUGACGACCCAGUCAGAGGAGACCCCCCUGCACCUGACAGCCGGCUACAGUCCUGACUUUACCCCACAGGGAACCAUGGACGGCAUGGCCAGGGUCAACAACCAGCUGCUGGCUAACGGGGCCAACCCCAACGCACAGGACAACACCGGCAGCACACCCCUCCACAGGGCAGUGGAAUCCAGAAAUGAGAAGGCGUUCUCCUCACUCUUACAGCAGAGCAACCUUGACCUUGAGCUGAAGAACAAUGAAGGUCAGACGGUGCUGUGGCUGGCGCUGGAGUCUGCCAAACAGGCUACUAGUCCUGACAACCCCUUCUCUGACAACAGCCCAUCAACAGAGGAUAUGUAUGGGGAAUCCAGCUAUGCUGCGAGGCUCAUCAAGGGGGGCAGCAGUGCUGAUGCUGUCAACCCUCACACAGGUGACAGCCUGCUGCACCUGGCAGCUCGAGCAGGAAAUGAAGAAGCAGCGUUGUUCCUGGCUAAUUAUGGGGCAAACCCCAACCACACCAACAACAGGGGAGAAACUCCCCUUCACUGUGCAGCCCAGCAAGGUUUAUCCAGAGUAGUGGAGAAACUUCUACACAUGGGAGCCAACCCUAACAAACAGACCCUCCCAGCCCUGGACACCGCCAGGCCACAGAUGUUCUCUGACGAGGGGGACCAGGGAGAGUCUGAGGGGUACAACCACACCCCCCUGCACCUGGCUAUAGCAAACCAACAUGCUGACGUGGUCAACAUAUUCCUAGAACACAAAGCAAAUGCCCUGAACGACAGCAGCGGCCUGCAGGUCAUCCCGGACUUUAACCUGAAGGACUCGGAGGAGCAGACCGUCCUGGGGCUAGCGCUGUGGGCGGGCAUGCACGACGUCGCCGCCAAACUGUUGGGCGCGGGAGCCAGCAUCAACUACAGGACGUCUGACGGGAUGACUCUGUUACACUCCGCUGUACAGAAACAGGACACCAUAAGUGCACUCUUCCUGUUGGAGCACCAAGCAGAUAUCGCCAUUAGGACCCAAGAGAAUGAGACCCCCCUACAGCUGGCCAUCAAGAGACACCUCCCCCUGGUGGUGGAUGCCCUGUGUGUCAGGGGGGCGGACCUGAACUCUGUAGACGAAGACGGGAACCCCCCUCUGUGGGCGGCCCUGGAGAGUGGACAAGAAGAUAUCGCUUCUACACUGGUCAGACAUGGCUGUGAUGCGACCUUCUGGGGACCAGGGCCCAACGGUUGUGAGCAGACUCUGCUUCACAGAGCCAUUGAUGAGAACAACGAGUCUGUAGGCUGUUUCCUUGUAAGAAGUGGUUGUGACGUGAACAGUCCCCGCAGACCUGGCCCGGGGGGGACGGGGGAGGAAGAGGCCCGAGACAGACAGGCCCCCCUGCACCUGGCCUGCUCCUGGGGGCAGGAGAUGGUCACACAGUGCCUCGUCGAACACAACGCUGACAUCAACGCCAAGGAUGCUGAAGGCCACGCCCCGAUCCAUGUGGCCAUCAUUAACCAGAGUCCUGCCAUCAUCUCCCUGCUGCUGGCUCAUCCUAACGUGGACCUCACCGUCAAGGACAAACAUGGCCGCUCACCGUUUGCCACCGCCAUGUCCUGUAAGAACAACAAGGCAGCGCAGGCGAUACUGGAUAGAGAACCUACAGCUGCAGAACAGGUUGACAACAAGGGCAGAAACUUCCUGCACAUCGCUAUCCAGAACUCAGACAUCGAGAGUGUGCUGUUCCUCAUCAGCGUCCACGCCAACGUUAACUCCAAGGUACAGGACGCCUCACAGAUGUCUCCUCUGCACCUGGCUGUACAGGCUGGGGCUGAGAUCAUCGUCAGGAACUUGCUGUUGGCAGGUGCCAAUGUGAAUGAUGUGAACAGUCAGAAACAGUCAGCCCUGCACAUCGCAGCCAGUCUGGACCAGUCAGGCAUCUGUAGCGUACUCCUGCAGAACGGCGUGGACUUCGACGGGCAGGACGACAGUCUCAACAAUGCUCUCCAUAUUGCUGUACAUCAAGGUCACCUGAACACAGCCAGAACCCUGCUGACUGAGUCACAGAUUAAUGCAGAGGCUGUCAACUUAAGAGGACAGAACCCCCUGCAUGUCCUGGCCCAGUACAGUAAAGACAACGCGGCGUCCAUCUUCGACCUGUUCCACUCGUCCAUGCCGGAGUACCCGCUGGACGCGCCCGACGCGGAGGGGAACACGGCGCUCAUGCUGGCGUACAUGAACGGGAACGGCGGGCUGUGUCGCUCUAUCGUCAGGGCCGGCGCCAAACUGGGCAUCAUGAACAAACAUGGUGUCUCCAUCUUCAACGCACCUGUGGCUACCAAACAGCUGCUGUAUAGAAUAUUGGACAUGUUGUCAAAAGAGCCCCCAUGGUGCGAGAGCCAAAACUGCAUGGAGUGUAUGGCCAAGUUUGGGGUAGCAACAAGGAAACACCAUUGUCGACAUUGCGGACGUAUCCUGUGUGGAAAGUGUUCGUCCAAGAUGAUACCUAUCAUCAAAUACGAGCAGCCCAAACCCAUCAGAGUGUGUGACCUCUGCUUUGAAGUUCUGUCCAUGGGAGCCAUGUCACCAUAGAGGCAGAAGACUUCGGAACAAAGGAAUUCUAUAGUCUAUUGUGUUAGGUCCUCGACAGCUGCAUGGAUUGCAGUGGCAACAUUCUAUUCUAUACUUAAUCCACCAACAUUCAUAAUUAGGCCACAGCAAGUAAUUUUCAUGGCGCAUUAAUUUUUGCCUGACUUUGGAAAAAAAAACAAGAAAUUUUGUUGCCUUCUGACAGUGGUCAC